AUGGCGAGUCGCGGCGGCAGCAAGCCCGGCAGGGAGAGCAAGGGCGAGAAGGGCAACAAGGACCUCGCCGUAACCGCCGCCGCGAUUGACGCGGCGAUGGAGACGCCGCUUUUGGCGGAGGAGGAGGAGGACGAGCUGGAGAUGGCGAAGGCGUGGAAAGCAGUGGAGGCGGUCCGGGUCAGCGCGGAUCUGCCGGCGGCGGCGAAGCAGCUCAUCACGCUGCUGCGGCGCGUCGACCAGAGCGGCCGGCUGUACGCCGGGCCGGCCGUUAAGGAUGCCAUUAGGAGGUACGAGCAGUGCUGGCUGCGCAUGGCGUACGGGCAGACGGACGACGUCAUGCGCACGCUGCAGCCCCCGCUGGACGUGCAGUGGGUGUGGCUCGUGCACCGCCUCAACCCCGAGGCGUAUGCAGAGGACUGCAGCACCAUUCUGGGCCGGCUGUUAGACGGGGCGAUAUUCGACCCGGAUGACGACGAUGUGGGCAGUGAGAGCGCGCGGGGGGAGGCAGCAGCCACUGCCGCGUGCAGGGCGCUCUGGGAGGAGCUCUUCCCCUUGGAGCCCUACGACCCCCCUGCUCUUGCUGCUCCUGCUGUUGCCGCUCCUGCUGCUGGGGAUGAUGAUGUUGCAGCGAGGCAGAGCAGCUUCUUCUACCAGGUGGAGCGGCCGUGGAUGCUAGAGCGGCAAUACUUACAAGGGUCGCUGCAGCGCUACCGCAUGUUCCUCAACCUCGUCAUGCUCAACCGCGGGGCGUUCCUCACUCCCACCUAUGACAUCGACCUGUUGUGGCACUCUCACAUGAUGUGUGCAGCAGCAUACACCAAGGACAGUGACUGGCUUAUAAGCCGUCUGCUAGGCCACGAUGAUUCCGACGCCAUGCCAGUCACAGCAGCUGCAGCAGCAGCCUCUUCUACCACCAACACCAUCGACAGCAACACUCGCAAGCGCCUCGAGUGGGCCUACCGAGCCACCGCGCAGCUCUGGGACCGAACCUACGGCUCCCCGUUCGACCGCGCCGGAGCUAUGUUCCGAGGCCCGGCGCCCGUGCCUAUCCCGCCGCCGCCGCUCGUGGCGCCGAGACGGGUCUUGCCUCUGGAAGGAGGGGAGGGGGAGUUUACGGUUGCAGAGUUGAAUGCAGGGAGAGGGUUGGAGCCUCGGAUGACUGUAGAGGUGGAUUUCAUGGUGUGGGGUUUGCUCAGUUUCCAUCCCGACAAGCCCGAGAAUCUCUUUCUCAUGAUCCGGACGAAACGCGCCGCCCACGAUUUCUCGCUGCGCACGCGCUCGCUGCCCGCCCGCCCGGGCUGCCGCCCACCAGCCUGGCGGCAACGGUGGGCGCUGGAAGCUGAGGUGGCAACAGGAGGAUUGCAAUUUGAAUUAAGAGCUGAAUCAGGGACUUUCUGGGGGGGGUUGUGGGGUCCGAGAUUGGUGGGGAGUGGAGGUAUUACCUGGGAGGAGGUGUUAUCCCGCCCGGCUCUACUGGUUGAUAGACAGGUGGCCCUGGCGCCUGUUGAUCUGCUCACUGCUGUGGGGAUCAGGGGGGAGGCGGACGAUGGGGUAGGGGGAACGGGAGGGGGAGGGGGGAAUAAAGCAGCAGGCGGGUCGGGGGGAGCCGAUGGAUCGGGGGGAGGCGGGGGGACAGGGGGGGGAGCGGGGGCGCUGGUGGUGAGUGGGGGAGGGGGGAAGGCGAGUGAGUUGCCGCGGGUGCAUGUGGCGGUGUCUCUCACCCCCCCCACACCGGCGCCUUACCUGCUGAGAACGGUGUUCAUGCGAGGCACGGACGACAAUGGAUCCAUGAUAUGUGAAGAAAUCGCCGUGCAGAGGGACUUUCGACCACAGUACGGCCGGUGGGGGUCGCGCACGGUGUACAACCACCAGGACAAGGAGGUGUUUGUCAUCCGCAAGAGGGUGGCCAAGGGCACGUGGCAUGCGCGCUAUCGGCCCAUUCCUGUGGAGCCAAAGGAAAAGGUUAUUCUCUUGCAUCAGGGUGGAUGGCGUUAUAUCGAGACCGACCCUGUCCCCCUACCCGAGCCAGAGCCGCCGCACCUGCGGGUGGGGGUGGUUCGGGGGCCAGUGGUGGCGCAGGCGGUGCCACAGGCGUCGGAUGACUAUGAUCAAAUCCAACGGUUCUGCUUGCUCGACUGCCUUCCCAACGGCCGCACCGCCACUGUCACCAUCGAGCGGCGACGCGACGCCACGAUAUUCAUACAGGGGAUACAGCUGACACUAGAGGAGGAGGGGAACAGUCGGGUCCUCCUGCUGCCAGGUCGUCACCACAAGUACAAGGUACCAGGAGCCCCCUCAGUGGAAGACCUGGGUUUCGCCACGCUCAUCCACUUUUUCCAAUGUGUUCGUUCCCCCCUUUACUUCUUCACCAACCCUCCAUCCCAAAAGGUGCUGCUCCUGCCAGGUCGUCACCACAAGUACAAGGUACCAGGAGCCCCUUCAGUGGAAGACCUAGGCUUCGCUACCCUCAUCCGCUUCCCCCCAGACGCCCCUCACGGCCGCGCCACGGCUCUACUCAACUGGAAGGGAGCAGCCAUGGAGGUAGCACCAGACGAGUCGGUGCCCCUCGUGCUGCUGCUCUGCACGUGCCUCUCCGAGGCUAUCAACGACAUGGCGGGAAUCAACCGCGUCAGAAGGUUCCGGCGCCUGCCAUUGGCCGAUCCCGAUCCGGCCAAUCACUGGGGCGCGCUGAGCAUAUCGAGGGAUACGGUCGGCGGAGCGGCGGCAGCGGCGGCGGCAAAGAGUGGGGAGGAGGAGUUUUCGUUUUCGAGUGUGGAGAUGAGUCGGCAGAAGUGGUGGAAUAGAAGGCCGCUGCGGUUUGCUGUGGGCGCUGGUAGCUGUGGUGCUGGUGCCUGUGGUCCCAGCUGCACUGGUCCUGUUGAUAUUUUCAGUGGGUGA